AUGAGAUCGCUCGAGGAAUUAGCACCGGAGAUUAAUCGUCACGUACGCAGUAUAUUGGAUUUUCCUAAGCAAGGUAUCAACUUCAGGGACAUCAUGCCUUUGUUUGCUAAUCCAAAGUUAAUCAAAGAACUCUGUAUUGCAACAGCCGAGCACAUUCGCAAAGACGUGGGAAAAAUCGACGCCAUUGUCGGCUUGGAAGCACGGGGCUUCUUGUUUGGACCUAUUGUUGCAAUGUUUCUUGAAGUAGCUUUUGUUCCAAUCCGAAAAAAUGGUAAACUACCAGGACAGUGUUUGCAGGCAUCCUAUGUGAAAGAAUAUGGCGAGGAUAUCGUUGAAAUGCAGCAAGAUGCUUUGAAACCAGAAUCCAAAGUUGUGAUCAUCGAUGAUCUGCUCGCAACCGGCGGAACAUUGAAGGCUGCCGUUGAUGUUGUUGAAAAGGCGCAUGCGGAAGUUGCCGAGGCUUUUGUGCUUAUAGAGCUUUUACCCCUUCACGGACGAGAACGAAAUUCAAAAAUCCCAGUAACGUCUGUAUUGAAAUUCAAUGAAGCGUAA